AUGCCUCCGUCCGCACCAUCACCCUUUCAGGCCGGCGAAGGCAAGAGCCCCGAGACCUGUCCAGGAACUGUACGCGCGCGGGCGGAAGUCGGCGCCUACGACGUCGUAGUUGGCCCGGCUGCAGAAAGCGAGCAGACGACGUUCGAAAACGUGCAUGCCUUUCUGGUAUCACCGACUGAGAUUCACACGACUCUUACCGGUGCAUUGUGUCGCGCGACGGUCAUACAGCAGUUAGUGCCUUUGCAUGCUGCUCCCGGAUCCAAUGCGUCUCGCUUACACGUCUUCCUCGUCGACGGCACGCACACAACGCUCGCCCUUCCACCGCCUGCCUGGCUAUUAUCCAUCACCGUGGAUGUCGCAACGGCGGCAGGCGCAUUGCGCGCACCGAUGCUAUCGCUCAUCAUCGGGAUCAAGGUCAAGGUCGGCGAUAGGGUCAAGACGGGCGAUGCCGUAGUCUUACUGGAGAGUACGAAAACCGAGACGGUGUUGAGAGCUGGAAGGGGAGGUGUCGUGCUUGGUACUGGGUGCGCUGAAGGAGAGAUGGUCGAGGAAGGGCGGGAGUUGGUUGAUAUUGAGGAGGAUGCGGAAUGA